CGUGGAGAAAUUUGUCUUUAUAAUAGCGUGUACGGGCACAUGUAUGCGUAUGGGCAUGCUUUCAUCGUAGUUCAGUAUUUUGUCAGUGUUUCUGCAGACAUCAUCCUGUCGACAUGGCAAAGUUUGUUCUGUUAGUUUGCUUGUUUCUUCAAUUUGUUUUCUCUGUCGCUAGUGAAGACAAAUGCAUUGCUGGACUGUAUCACAAAUCUUCGCCGUCACCCGAAACAAACGACUUCAAGGCUUGUCAUGCCUUCAAGGACAGCAGCUGUUGCACUGCCGCUUUCACUGUUGAACUUGUUGCCAAUGAAACCAGAAAUCUGUACAAUCAUUCAUGGCACCGAUGUGGUCAGCUCUCUGAAAAAUGCCAAGAAUUUUGGGUGAAGCAAGUGAGUGUCUUUAUAUCUUGCUCGAGUUUUUAAUCAGAGUAUUUAAUUUUACGUAAUUUUAUUCAUAAAAAACGGAAGAGGGCGAGUCAUUUCUGGAGGUGAGUUGUACGAAAGUAAUCACCCAUUUAUGACUUAACAUUUCUUAUUGAUUUCAUUUUUGCACAUUAUUUUGACAUCUAUUUUCAAUAAGCAGUUUAAGACUACAUGUAUCAAUGCACUAGUCAUUAGCGCUUUGCACUAAUGACGUCACAAAUUUCUGGUCCCUGCUGUAACUCAGACAUUGAACCUGACCAGUAUAAGAGUUUUGUAUGGAAAAGUCACGUUGGUCACGUUGGUUUCGAUAACAUAUACAGUAUCCUGAAAAUAAUCAUGGUGUGCCAAGGCAACAUUAAACAUGGAAAAAACUGUACAGAUGAGUGAUUUUUUUUCUUAUGCAGUGUCAUUUCUGUUUGUAAAAUUAUGUUAUGGCGUUUUACUAAGAAAUGUAUGGAGAGGAAAGCUUCAAAGCUCAAGGGUUUCAAUAGGCACCAACGUCCGACGAAACGCGUCGGCUACAUUGCUCAGAGAAGUCGGCUACUUUUUCCUCCGAAGAAGAAGCAACUAGUUUGAAUAAUGUCAUGUACAAAAAUAUAAUUUGUUCACACAGAAAUGUAUGUAACUUAGUAUAAUUAUCAUUUGCUCAUUGCUUGCAGGAGUUAAUUGUGUGGCUAAUAAAUCAAAAUUUGACUAAAGCCCAAAUCUUCUUGAAUGGAAAACUCGCUCUUUUAUUCUCAGUUUAGUCCCCCAAAGGCUGGAAAUCGCUUAUUAGGGCUUUGCAAUUUUAAAAUUUUCUGAGGGAGCAUGCCCUCAGACACCCCUCGAAAAUGUAGACUGUUGAUCUAGUUGGUUACUCUAUUCAAAUCUGCUGGCUACUUCAAUUUUUAUUGAAACGCCUGAAAGCUGUUCAUAAAAUGCUGCAUUUGGUUAAAUUUAUAGGCAAAGGCUGCUCAAUUUUUUUGAGUGCUUAUGUUAUGCUACUUUAAUAGUUCUACAGGAUAUAAUUAAGUACUGCAUGGUGCCUACCUGGCCGUACAACACCAGAACAAAAUUAUACAAUUUCCUGUUUGUGCUAAAUUAUAUUGGUGUGCUUCUUUAUGUGGUUGUACUAAGUCUUCUCAACUAAUUUUAAUUUUAUUACUUGUUCAUGUAAUAACAAAAUUUACUUAGGUAAAUCAAGAAAGUUAGGACCUCUGUCUUUUCUUGUUGUGCAGAUAACCGUCAUGAAUACUUCUGUUUUUGUUACUAAUCAUUAAUCAUUUCAUUUUAGGAAUGCUUUUAUCAGUGUUCCCCUAAAGUCUACAAGUGGAAACAUCCAACAAUAGAGGGAGCUCUUCUAGGUAUUUAAACUUAAAAUUGAUCAAAUUUAUUAUUAUUAAAAUACGGACUACAGACUACUUUGGUAAAAACGGUGCUAAUUGGUUCUAGGUAACGAAAAAUAAGAUCAAAAGAUUGCUAAAUAGCAAGACACGUGAGUUAAAGUUGUAAAUACUCCUAUAAAUUCUUGGUGGAGGUGUGCAGCCCAGUUCUCUAUAAGAAUUUUGGUGAUCUGACUAACACCAAUACUAUUUUUUUUAUUCAGUGCUUCUUGCUGGUUUAAAACUGUAAAUUGAAAUCUCUUCUAACUCCUUCUUUUUACAAAAUUCAGAGUUUAAUUUCAGUUGCAUUGACUAGCGGCAUAACCUUCCUUAUCUAUGGGAAGAAUGGACUACGUGAACAGCUAAAGGAAUGUUAAAGCUGGGACUACUGUUUUUGCUAGUCCGUUUCCAUUUCUGUCAGUUUUGCCUUUCUAAAGCUGUUUUUAUAUAUGAAGUCCGUAGUCCACAUUUCAUAUCUAGUCCAUGUUUUAUACUCAGUCCAGAGUCCUCAUUUUAUACCUAAUCCGUGUUUUAUACCCAGUCCAUGGUCCGCAGUCUGCAGUCAGCAGUCCAUGUUUUAUACUGACUAGAUGUAAAUACAUCUGGCACAGAGUAAUGCAUCAGUCAAUUCCACCUGCACUCAAAUACUUUGUAUUUGAGGGUAAUUUUCCAAGUACAAGCCCCCGGGCUUAUAUUUGGAGGGGCGAUUUAAAGGAGGGU